AUGGCCACUAAGGCUAUUCCCACCAAGGGCGCCGACUGGGCUGAUGAUGAAGAUCUCGACGAUACCGUAGAUGCUCUACCUCAAGGCACUACAACGACCAACAAGGACGGUACCAAGACGAUUGUGACAUGGCGAUUCAACGACGAUGGCAAGAAGGUCAAGACAACCCGCCGGAUACGAUUUACCACACACAAGGAAGUCGUCAACCCUCGAGUGGCAGAGCGGAAGCAAUGGGGCAAGUUUGGAUUAUCGGCCAAGGAUGCAGCAGGGCCAACAGCUGAUACAACUUCUGUCGGCGAGAACAUCAUAUUUAGACCGAGCUCGAACUGGCGAAAAGAUUCAAAGGAGGAGAAGACCGAGGCCGGAAGCAUGAAGGAGAAGCUUGAGGGCAAGAAGGUCAAAUGUCGUAUCUGUAACGGAGAGCAUUUCACAGCAAGAUGUCCCUUUAAGGACACCAUGACACCGGUUGGAGAGGAGGGCGCAGCGGACCCGGCUGCUGGACCAGCAGAUUCUGUUGCCGAUGCAGCUGGUGGUCUUGGAAAAGGAAAGAGCUCAUAUGUGGCACCUCACUUACGAGGAGAUGGGGCUGGUGCUGGUGCUGGAGACAGAAUGGGUGGUGGCAAGUAUGAGCGAGACGACUUGGCUACGCUUCGUGUCACAAAUGUCUCGGAGAUGGCGGAAGAACAGGAGUUGCGGGAUAUGUUCGAGCGCUUCGGACGUGUCACAAGAGUCUUCCUUGCGAAGGAUAGAGAGACUGGUCUUGCAAAGGGCUUUGCGUUCAUUUCAUUCCAGGAGAGAACAGAUGCUGCGAAGGCGUGCGAAAAGAUGGAUGGCUACGGAUUCAAGCAUUUGAUCUUGAGAGUCGAAUUUGCAAAAAAGGCGGCGGCUUGA